AUGAAACAUCGGGCUUUCUUGACGCCCAUCAUCUUCGCGUGUGUACACCAUGUGAAUGGUCAACAGGCAUCUCCUCGAGAACCCACAAACUUCACCUUGACAGGGCACAUCACGCCAGACCAGAUCUUCAGCUUCGUCUACGUGCCCUUCAAUGUCUCCGCCGAUGUGACAUCUAUCUCGGUGCUGCAGAACUACUCGUUCAAGGGCGCAGGGAACUCACUCGACCUGGGUGUCUUCGAUCCUCACGGUGUUGCUCCCAUCGACAGCGAGACAGGCUUCUCCGGCUCACGGGGCUGGUCGGGAGGGUUCCGAAACAACUUCACUAUCUCUGCAAUCGAUGCCACACCAGGAUAUAAUGCCGGACCUCUGCUCCCAGGAACAUGGAACGUAGUGCUAGGCCCAUACGCAACCAAUCGCUCGGGCAUUGACUGGACACUGGACAUCUCCCUCUCUUAUUCCGCCAUCGACUCACCACCGUGGACUCCUUCGCUAGCUCCCAUCUCCAAGGAGCCACUCCCCUCGCCCUGGAAAUGGCUCCGAGGUGAUUUUCACAUGCACACCAUCUACUCGGACGGCCGGUACCUGCCUAAUGAGCAGAUCGCGCACGCCCUCUUGUACGACCUCGACUUCAUCUUCUUCUCCGAACACAACACGGACUCCGGGAACAACAACAUCGGUCGCUGGAUCCCGGCGAAUGCGUCGAAUCUCCUCAUCGGCCGGGCGAUCGAAGUCACCACGCGCCAUGGCCACUGGCAAGCGAUAGGACUCGAGCGGUCUCAGCAGGUAGAGUGGAGGUAUACCAACUCCUCAAACGAUACGGGUUUCAUCGAUGCGGCCACUCAAGUGCGCAAUUCCGGGGGCCUGGUUUCGGUCAACCACCCAUUCCAAAACUGCUCAAGGUGCGACUGGACCUUGGACUGGGAACACAACGAUGCGAUUGAGGUCUGGAACGGCAGGCUUGAUCCGCUGGAUGAAGUGGCCAUCCAGUUUUGGCAGAGCGAACUCGUCAAGGGGAAGAGACCCACCGCAAUCGGAGGAAGUGACGCGCACAGUCCACCAGAUAUCAAUGGCUUGCCCACCACCGUUGUGAGGGUCGCGGGGGAGAGCAGCCAAGCAAGUAUCGUCGAAGGCGUGAAGAAUGGCCGGGUGUACUUGGUCGAAGGCCCCGGGAUGGAGAUCGACUUUGGAGUGGUCUAUGGAAGUGGGAGGAGAGCAGAGAUCGGUGAUGCCGUCUCCAAGGGGGACUUGGGUGCCGAUGCAUACGCGAGCUUCUCGUCUACCGGGUUUGAAGGUGCGCAUGCUUGUUUUGUCUCCGAGAAGGGGUAUUUCCAGAACGUGUCGAUCGUGAGUGAGCAAAGGAUCCACCAGAAUGUGGCCGGCAUGGACUUUAUCAGAGUCGAGAUCCGCAAUGGGUCUGAUACGUUGCUCGGCUUGACGAACCCAGUCUACCUCCAGUAA